UUUUCUAUACGACAUCGCAUUACCCAGCUCCCUCGUCUCCACGUUCUAGCCUUCUCUUCUCUUUUCAGUGACAAUCUCAAUUCAACGCUUGUUAUUUCCUAAACCCCAAUUCCAAUUUCUGUUCGAUAUAAUCACAUUUUUUUAUGAAAUAAAAUCUCAAUUCAAUUAAAGUUUGAAGUUUUGGAAGGAAAAAACAAGAAAAAUGGAAGAUGCAGAAUGAAAAGAGCUGAAAUUUUGAAGAGUUAGAAUACAAAAGAAAGUUCUCAGAGGAGAGAAGCAGGCAAUUACAUUAUAUGCUGUGUAUUCAGACAAAAGUCCAGAUAAUCUCCCUUACCUGACGGGGGUUACGCCAUUACUUUGGGUAUUGUCGGCUUGAAUCGACCGUGUCGGAAGAAUCGUAUUCGUAUCGAUACACCAAAUCGGCCGAUACUUUAAACCAUGCUUUUCGUCUGUAAUUUUUAUCUUUAUUAUACUAAGAAUGAGGGCUAUUUAAGAAUUCAUGGCAAGAGUUAGGGAUAGAACAGAAGAUUUUAAAGAUGCAGUUAGGCACACUGCUGUUUCGUCGGGGUACGAUGAGUCCAAAUUGGCAGCCAUUUUGGCAUCUUUCAUUAUUCAUAAGCCUCGACAGCGCUUACCUUUUACCAAGGCUGCACUAACAACGCUCGAAAGCAUCAGCACUUUGGAACAGUUUAUAAUAAAGCAUCGAAAGGAUUAUGUGGAUCUUCAUCGAACAACUGAACAGGAGAGGGAUAGUAUUGAACAUGAGGUUAUGGCAUUUAUCAAAACAUGUAAAGAACAAAUUGAUGUUCUUAAGAAUAGCAUAAACAAUGAAGAAGCAAGCGCUAAGGGCUGGCUUAGCAUUAGGGGCAGCUCCAAUACUGAUACUGUAGCUCACAAACAUGGAGUGGUUUUGAUUCUAAGCGAGAAACUCCAUUCAGUAUCAGCACAAUUUGAUCAACUAAGAGCCGUACGCUUCCAAGAUGCUAUUAAUAAAAGGAUGCCGAGAAGAAAACCUAAUCGGGUUGCAAAUCCAAGUUCCACAGAUUCAUCUAAAAUGAAUAAUUCAGAGCCCAGGGAGCCUGAUGAAAUUCAAACAGAUCCUCUGAGAGUUCAGCAGCAAUUAUUGGAUGAUGAAACUCGCGCACUUCAGGUAGAGUUGGCUAGUCUUCUUGAUGCAGCUCAACAAACUGAAACUAAGAUGGUUGAAAUGUCUGCGCUGAAUCAUCUAAUGUCCACUCACGUCCUACAACAAGCACAGCAAAUAGAGCAUCUGUAUGAACAGGCAGUUGAAGCUACUAAGAACGUUGAGCUUGGUAACAAAGAGUUGUCUCAAGCUAUACAGCGAAAUAGCAGUAGCAGGACCUUUCUCUUGCUUUUUUUGUUUGUACUUACCUUCUCAGUCCUAUUUCUUGAUUGGUAUAGUUAGAUGGGUCCUAUCAUUCUCAUUUGAUGCACACUUGUGGGAGUACUAUCCGCCUUGUGACUUCAAUACAUUACAGGAGAAAUGAAAAAGCUGGACCUCUGCCGGGAAAUUGUCUUUUCUUUCUAGAGAGCAGCUGAAUCCUACGAACCACCUUCUAUAUAGCCGUUUAUAUUUUACUCCCCGCAACAGUUAAUGUGGUUUGUAGUGUAUUGGCUCUUGCCAGGGAUGAUACCUACAUCAAGAUUGUAAUGUGUGGGCGCGGGCAUAUUUAGAGAAUUUGAUCAUUUCUUCUCACAGGGCAAGCGAUGUGAUAUCUUUGAAAGCAUCAAAGAUUGAUAUUCACAUUAUUUCUAUUUCUUUGCUUUUUUUUUUUUUUUUUU